AUGCCACCCUCUUUGCUGCCAGCCAUCCGGGUCAAGAUUAAUCGGAAACACGACGCUGUUUACCAAGAAUCAAUCCCUACCACAGGAAUGUCAAGCGUUUCGAUGUACACGCACCCUAAUGAUGCUAACCACAAAUCGGAGCAUUUGCAUGUGAAGGAAGAUUUUGGCAACGGCGAGCCUGGUAUCAAUUUUUGGGGGAUGGUCACCGCUCUACUCGGGGACGAAGAUGGUCUGCACAAAAAGGCUCGGGACGUCAUAGAUCUGCUCAAGAAAUCGGAGCACUGGGACACAAUUAAAGCUCACAUUGACCAAUAUAAUGGGAACCCACACAUCGAAGAGGCUCUGUAUGAGCCGUUCCAGAAUAUGGGAAAUUUGUUAUUCGACUUCGCCAAAUUGCCCUUUCGCUUCGUGGAUACUCAUGCAAAGAAAGUCAGGAACGAUGACCCUACCAUGGGUGAUCCUUUUCGAAAACCAGACAUCUGCAUGAUAUGGCCAACCCCGAAAAACAGAAAGAUUAAUUCACGAACGAAGAUAGGUACUCCACCCAACCGCGUGUAUUGGUCUCAGAAAUCGUCCAGGAAUGCAACCGCUGAUCCAGUUCAGGUCGCGCAAAUCGGACAUAAACGUCUGAAGCUAGACAACAUGGACAUGGACCAUCCGAACAGUGGAGGACCUGUCAUGAACAGUGCGUGGGAUCAAGCUGCAACGCUACCGAACAGAUCACAACAGCAUACGUGUGCCGUCGACGCAAAACGUCCGACGCUGGACAAUUCUAGUCUCAUGGACUUGGACGAUCCAAACAGCGGAGGACCUGCCAUGAACAGUGUGCCGGAUCAAGCUGCAAUGCUGUCGAACCGAUCACAACGACACACACGCGCCGCCGGCUCCGGACGAGCGAACCACAUCCCAUCUGAGCGCCAUUUCAGUAAUAUUUCGUAUGGAAAGUCUCAUCUCUCGAAGGGCAACGGGUAUUCGAAGAAUGAGCGUCUAACGGACCAGGCACAGUUGGCUGCAUACGCCAUGGAAGUGUUUUCGGCUAGGGGUCUCAAGCGACACGUACUUGGGUUCUUCAUCGAGGGGACGGAAAUGGAGUUAUGGUAUUUCAACAGAUCCGGUUCCUUCGGGACUAAACGCAUCAGCUUCGGAAGUAACUUCGAAGUACUCUUCGUUCUUCUCCUGAUGUUAGGACAUGCAACUCCUGGAGACCUGGGGCUUGAGCCAUGCAUUGCGCCCCCAUUAAGAGGCAUGCCACGCCGAGCUACGUCGUCUUCUAGGCCUGUGACCAGACUCUCUUUAACGGGAUGCGAAGCGUCUUCCGAUUUUCUCCUCUGUGCCAAUGGAGCCCGAAUCAAGGUGGACGGAGCAACGUACGUCAUCGACGGUGAGAAGCUCAAUAAAGGGAGGUGCUUCAAGGGCCGGGGCACUAUGGUGUGGAACGUGGACGAGUAUCGAGAUGGGAAUGCAGUAACACCCAAGGAUGGUCUUGUGUUAAAAUUAUCUUGGCAGCUAGUCGCCCGCACAUCUGAAGUCAAGUUUCUCAGGGAUCUCAAGAAGUCCGGAGUCCAACUCAUCCCAGAUAUGUACAAGAGUGUGGAUUUUGACCAACUUUCCUGGGGACCACAUGGCAAGAUUCAACAGCUACUAGGGAACAGCCUUGAGUUCGACGACCGAGUUCUUCGAGCCAUCGUUCUACGUCCGCGGCUUCAGCCCAUUACUACUCUGCGCUUCAGCCGGCUCCUAUCCGCAUUUGUUUCCCUUGUUGACACCCAUCACCAGGUGUUCGAGGACGCUGGUUUGCUUCACCGGGAUGUUCAUCCUGAGAAUCUGAUGUUCUGGGAAUGCGGAAAUAAAGGUUGCUACAACGAGAAACUAUGCAGUCAUCGAGAGGGAGAAGGCUUUAAGCCGUAUCUCAUUGAUUUUGAUUCCGCGGCUCAGGUGGGAGACAGGAGCCCGGGGCACGACCCAACUCACCGCACGGUCAUCACACCAUUCUUGGCAAUCGAGCUUGCUAAUGAUCCACCACCCCCAGCUCAAUAUCGACACGAUCUUGAGUCAUUUUUCUGGUCUUUCUGGUGGAUAAUGACGCAUUACGAAGAGAGGGGGGGUCAGGUUGUUUACAAGGAGCUGGCAGCGGACGAGAAAACUGAUUAUCAGGAUUGGCACGUUGGUACGUGGGAUCAAAUCUACAGAAGGAAAUUGGGGUUUUUGGGAAGUGAAACCUUUGACAAGGUUCCAUUUUCGAUUGGGCUGGAGGAUUGUCAGCCGAAACUGCGGUGUUUGAGCAUUUUAUUCGAUGAACUAUAUACUGCAGUCCGAAAGCUGGAGGAUAAGUCCCCCUCAGAAGAUAGGCAAGAGAGACAGGCGCGAUCCAACCCCGUGGCGGACAACAUCAUUUCAUACAGAACUUUCCGGGAGUGUCUUACUGGCGCCGCGAAUAGCGCUGGACUGCUCAAAUAA